AGAAAUUUUCGUCAAUGCUUAUUGAAAUGAACACGGGCAGCGACAAGGAUCCGCUCUUGGUUGGCAUGUGCUGCGAGAGAAAUUCUCCUGAAGGUGAAACCGUGGUGGCUGUGCUCUCGUAUCGUUCGAUCCAGCGCUGGAGUUUGUCAAACAAAGGGAAUACAGAACAUUUACUCCACGAGGAUGAAGAGGUGGUGCGCCGGAUUCGCGAAGAGUUUAAGCAAAAGUUCUGGAAUCUCCGUACUCCCGCGGACAAUGUGGAAAUCGAGUUGCAUCUGCUGGACUUUCAUAUCGUAGAUGACAAGGCUUACAUAUUGGCUGGAGCUGUUAACGCUGCCCACGCUCCACAGAUGUGCUAUGCCGUUGGUAAGUAUUGAAUUUGUCAUUCAACA